AUGUCAACAACAUCAACAAAGUCCGUAAACAGCGUUCUUUCCGAUCAAACUGAAACAAAUCAAUUCUUUCAUGAUAUUCUGGGAAUCAUCAGUAAUGACUCAGACUCUUCAGAAGAAAUUUAUUUUCUUAUAAGUUUUGACACAAAAGGCUCAGCUGAUUUAUGGGUAAAUAAAUCCCGGUCAGUCUUGCAAGACACCACCAAUACCACCAUUUCCUCAAAGCGUAGUUAUAUUAACAAGACUACCGAAAUUUGUCACACCCUCCUGCAGCCAUUUAUAUCUACUCCAAAGCAUGCUGAAGAUUUGCUACCACUACUACAAGUACCACUCACAUGCAAGUUAUCAGUAGCGGCAAAUGAGGAAUCUAAAUAUCCUGAGCUCCAAGAUUUCAUAUAUACAUGUGAAAUUGAAAGGGAAAGUGAUAUUGCUAUACAUAUCUCUGGCAUACUUAGUAGCAAUAUCAAUUUUAAAAAACAUCUUGGUAAAGGCCUACCGAUCAAUCUUGAUUGGAAUAGAUCUGAUCCGGGAUCAACAAAAGGGUAUGAACGGCCUGAUUUUCUUUGUUGGGUUAAGGAUGCUCUUCUCAUUAAAGGGAAAAAGAAAGCAGAUAUAGACCAGUUUGAUGUUGCUGCGAGUGAACUCGUCAGCAAAUUUAAUAUUCUCGAUCCACGAAAAUUUGGUGACAUUAAGUUUAUGAUGGGCUAUGCAGCAGCGGGUCCAUUAGUGCAAUUUUAUGCUAUAGAUAGAUCAUCAAAAAGGCUAGUCCCACUAUCAGAUCAGCUCAAUAUCAAUUCGAGUCAGGAUCGAAUUAGCCUUAUCCGCAUAACCAUCAACAUUGCAAGAGUAAUAAUAACUAUAAAGGAUAUUAUUCCUGAUGGUUUUUCAGAUAAAAAGAAAAAAAUUAAAAAAAAGCAAUAG